AUGCCUGCUUUGAAACCCACCCCAGUCAAGGCCGCCCAGAGGCCAAGACUAAUGGAGAUAGAAACUUCAAGUACACAUGGUCCCUCCAAGAAGGGUCGUUCUUUCAACGAUUUCUUACGGGGCAUCCUUGAGCGCAACCCUCCAAACGAAAACGACGCCGACUCCGACGCCGCCUCCUGCUCAGAAGCAUCUACCAUUUCAGAUGAAAGCGAUGACCGAUCCGAAUAUACCUGCGGCUCUCGAUCGGAGAACGAAAGGAAUCUUCAUGCAACCACUAACACAACGAUCGCCGCUACUCUGCCCCCUCCGACUACAAAGUUUCUGUCCUCGAAGGAUGUCGGCACUGUGAUUAAGAAAUACGUCACGCACGUGAAGAGGCGAUACCAAGAAGAGCAGCUGUCUCGGGACGUACCUCUCGAUUUCAAGGUCUGGCGAAAAGGAAGCAGCAGACGCAAGCAAGAAUCGGUGAAGCGCGAAUACUAUAUCGGCCGUCUGAGGAAGCUUGCCGACACAAUUCAAAUUGGUCAACAUACCUCAGUGGCAAAGGCUCUCAAACAGUGCCAUAAUCUUGACGAGACGAUCAAAGACCUCGCGCGAAGUGAAUUGAAGCUCGGUCACUCCCCGAGGAUCCGGUCACGAAAGAACCUGCGAAGGAAACAUCAAGGCACCGAGCACACCGGCAUUUUACAACGUGCAGCGCGAAUGGACUGGAGGGAAAUUCAAGGUUCCGGUGACCGAGACUUGGUCCUCGCCAAGGCUUUGUCGGGUCUCAGUGCCGCGCGACUUCGGAAUCUUGCGCGUGUUUUGGCGAAGAACAGAUGGUGUCCUCCGCGCCGGGGAUCUUCAUCAAUCUCCAAAAAUAAGCACCCACCAAAGCAAAAGCACCCACAAAAGCAAAAGCACCCGCCAAAGCAGAAGCACAACAGAAAGAGCCCACCCUUGCAGGGGCUCAUCAAGAGGACACUCACCCAGAUGGCCGCCGGUGAUUACGAGAUGAAACGUCUCUCGGGCGUCAAAAGGAAGAAGGUAAUCUUUCUGCUUGUGACUAUAACCUCGCUGUUCAUUUCAUGGGCUGGCUAUGUUCAAAUUCGACCGCAAGGCUUCUCUUCAAAGGAACUAAAGUCUGCCCAAGAGAUUGCGGUAUGUGGAAGACGCCACCUCAAUAACUUCCUAGAAGCCUUGAACGGAAUUUUGAGUGAAUUUGGCGCAAUCAUGGUUCUGAGAAAGAGAAUUCGGAAGAUUCGGGGAAAUUCUCGAGCUAAGACGAUAUAG